ACAUUCCUCUCGACCAUUCGGAAACACAAGGCAAGCUUUCUCGUGGCACCUGUCGAUUCGACAUCACCGUCAUCACCGAUUAUCAGUGCAGCUUUUGGGCCAGCUAUCGCGUGUGUGCUUAAAUCUGUAUCAACCGAGAUCAGCGGUGAGUCUGGACCAACGAGUGACAUUCAACUACCUGCCUACAUCAAAGUAUCGGCACCUUUAUUAUACAAGCCUUUACCGAGAACAUUUCCUUUGAUAUACGUUGUAUCGCCCAUUGUCAAAUCUGCGUCAGCUGUUGCAGCUACAGAACCGAAAAUGCUGGAAAAAGAUAUUCAAUAUAUGGUAAAUACAAUAUAUAGUAUAACCGAUUCAAAUUCUUAGCGACUACAGUCGAUGGGCGCGCGUUCAAUCAGGACAAAGUGUUAGCAAAGGUUGGCCCGUUUACCGAGCGAUUGAAAUAUUGAAUGUGAUUGCAAUGAUUGGAUCUACAAGUAAUAAUCAAUUAUAUUCAUUGGCUGUAAUGGGCAAGCUGUACAGGCUAGCCACUUUGCCGAAUUGA